AUGGAACAAUCAUACGAUUCUACUACAACGCUGCAGCAAUUCCAGUUGCUCCAGGAGACACAGGCGCAGAUCGAGGUCCUGAACACGCAAAUCAACAAAAUCAAUAAACGGAUUGGCGGUCUUCAGGUUGGCCAGAAGCGUUGCGAGGCCGCGCUCGAAUCGCUUGAAAACACCCAACCCGGUCAGCGGGUUUACAAACAGGUCUCCCGCGUCUUAAUUUUGCGGGAUCCGUCGGAGCUGCAAGCCGAGAUUACAAGCGAACGCGAAUCUGCUGCCAAGGACCUGCCUAAAUUGACCGCAGUGAAGGCACAGCUGGUGGCAAAGCUCGGCGGGCAGUCUUCCGUCAGCCGUCGUGAGCCCUCUGUCGCGUGCUCCGGGGCCACCUUCGGAGAUUUAGGAGGGGAUUCUAUCAUGUUGCACAUUUUGCUUGUGUUGUGUGUCAUCACGUGCAUCUGCGAUCUGUUCGGUGCUGGGCUGCGUCGAGUUUCCGCCUUGCUGCAGGCGCUGGAGGAAAGGCGAGCGGCUGCGAACCCCGCAAUGUUCAAUAGUGAGGGACAGGUGCCGACGAUGACGGACAUCGCGAUGCGCUUCAUUGCCUCGAAACUGAACAUCUACAAGAUAUUAAGGAUGAUCGUCGGACUCAUCGGCGUGUUGUCCAACAUCAUCCUGCCCUACUACCUCCUAAGCAGAUUCACCAAGACCACGAACGCCAGCUAUCACCGCCAGACAUAUUCGUACAUGCCCUUCAUGAUCGUCGACUUCGAGCGCGUCCCCGUCUCGGAGAUCGACUUGGCAGAGGUGCCAACGUCGGGUGCGAAGAAGCCGGAGGACAUUAACGUGUUGACAUCCUUCAACAGAUACAUCGCGUUCAUGGUCUCUAGGGUUGCGAUGAAAGCCAUAUAUUCCACCUUCUACGCAGCCUGCAACCCGGCGGGUUACCUUGAGCAGAUGAUGCAGCGCGACAAGGAAACCAAAGCAUAA